UUGAAGGGGAUGAGAAUGCCACAGAUGCAGCCGGGAUCUGUUUCGUGUCCACCUGCAUGCGAAAGCAGAGCGGCUUGUUCCUUUCCCCGGCCGAACCCUCGUUCCACGGGCAUCUCACGUGAAGGCAGAGCUGCCCGACGGAACUGCCAUUAUCAAAUGCACUUUGAUUCAGAGUCCAGAGUUAAGCCUGCAAGGAAAGUAGAUAUCUCCUGUCUCACACACAUGAAUACAGAAACCAGGAAGGACAGACCUGCCUCGCCGAACAGCAAAUAUCGAAGCAACGCGAUGGAGCCGUUCGCAUACCUGCCUCUGCUCCUGGGAAUUUUCUUCGCCCCCUGUGCCCACGGCCAAGGCGCCGUGACGAGGACCACAAACGGCUCCAGCGGUCUGCAGCCCUGGCUGGUGGGCCUUGCCGCCGUCCUCGGUUUCCUUGGCGUGAUAUUCGUGGCCUCCCUCAUCAAUCGCUUCUUCUUCUCCAAGAAAAAGGAUGGCGAAGGGAAGUCGAUGAGCACCGACCUUCGCCCAGGCAACAUUUACGACAACAUCGCCAUGGAUCCCGAAGAGGGGAGCUCUCACGAAAAGGAGCUAGAUAGCGACAAGGUGACCAGCAUGUAAAGUCCGGCUUGGGGGGGUGAAGGAUGAGGACGGCAGCCGGGAGCCAAUGUGACUGGCCGCAUGGUGCCGAAUUCCCCCGUUCGGCCCAGCUCCGACACCCUCUCCGAAUCUUGACUGCCUCUGGCUCUGGGGAUAAGGGGAUUUCAGUUCAUUCAUCCCCCCAAAUGCAGCCACAACAAUCUGGACGUGAUUAUAUCCAAGAUUGUGCCAAGGGUCUGUUCCGGCGAGAGUGGGGGGUGUCCCAGGGAGAUGCUCUGACAAUACCAGCCAAGAAGGUGCAAAAGGAAGCGGAAACUGCUGUGAUGAGUGCCGAUUCGAACCCAGAGCAGCCCUUUGAAAUGACUCCAAGGAAAACCUUCAGAAGCGUCCCUAGAAGCAGUUCUCCUGCACAGUCUCCCGAACCCUGAUCUUUAAACGUAGCAUUUCUCUGUUUUGUGUGAGAGAUGUGGGAAUGCCUCUACAGCGGUCCCUUGGUUCUCAAACUUCAUCCAUCCCGGAAGUCCGUUCCAAAACCAAACUCAAGGCGCACUGCUUUCCCGUAGAAGGGAAUGCAAAACGGAUUAAUCCGUCCCAGGCUUUUAAAAACAGCAAUUUGACAUGGACUUUGCUAUCUGACGAGAUGGCCGAUCCAUAAAAUGAAAGCGAUAAACAAUGUGCUGCCGCCACGCCAUCAAUCCAUCAGUAGCUGAACCGGGUUCCGCACAGUCGCGAAAACAAAAC